CGAGCAUUCUCUAAUUUGAUUUGCCUGCCUUGGUAAUGCACUUCUCCACAUCGCCGCAAGUUUCGGCUGCACGGUGCCCACUCCGUGCUUCCCGCACCUCCCUCCCGUUCUCCCCCUUUCUCCCCGGCGAUGUGCUGCUGCGCACCCUGAACGGCCCUCUCUGCUCGCUCUGCUCCUUUCCUCGCCGCGUCUGGCGCCUGGCCGCGGGCAGAUCGCGGGAGUGAUGGAGGCGAGACCCAGCGGCGGCCCGCCUGUGCACGGCGAGGCGCGGGGCGGCGGGGUGUCAGAAACCGAGCUGAUGAUGCGGAUGGCGGGCGUGCUGACGACCGCGCAGAUGGCGCUCGCGCAGAUGGGCGCGCUGUGCCGCGCCGCCGCUGACGGCGCGGAAAUCCCCGCGUCCGCCAUGGGCGGGGUGCUGGCGGACCUCGCCGCGUUCUCCUCCGCCGACCCCGCGCAUCUCGAAGCCGUCGCGCGCGCCAUGGACGCCCACUCGCCCGCCGACGCGACGGCUGCGACGGCUGCGUCGGCUCCCUCCAAUAUGGCCGCGCUCGUCGGCAUCGUCGCAGCUACCUUCGCGAAUGCAUCGCCCGCCGUGGAUGCUGCGACUGCUGCGACUUCUCCCGUGGCUCCCCCCACGGCUGAGCCGGCAGGGAGCGGUGAGAGUGCAAUGCGCGAUGAUGCGGAGGAGGAGGCGGAGGAGGAGGUAGAGGGGGAAGCGGAGGAGGAGGCAGAGGGGGAAGCGGAGGAGGAGGCAGAGGGGGAAGCGGAGGAGGAGGCAGAGGGGGGAGCGGAGGAGGAGGUAGAGGGGGAAGCGGAGGAGGAGGCAGAGGGCGAAGCGGAGGAGGAGGCAGAGGGGGAAGCGGAGGAGGAUGUAGAGGGGGAAGCAGAGGAGGAGGUAGAGGCACAAGAAACGGUAGUGGUGGGGGAUGGGGAAGAGGAGGUAGGCAACGACGAAGGAGUAGAGGAGGGUGAAGUGGACGAGGAGGAGGAGGAAGAGGAGGAAGAGGAGAAGGGAGAGGGGAAGGAGGGAGGGCAUGGGGGGGGUGCAGCAGUGGGUGAGGAGGAAGAAGAGGCUGAGCGGGCAGAGGAGGCGACGGAGGCCCACAAGGGCGAGGAGGAGGAGGAGGGUGAGAAGGAGGGUGAGAAGGAGGGUGAGAAGGAGGGGGGUGAGAAGGAGGGUGAGAAGGGGGGUGAGUGCAACCAGGGGGAUGUGGUUGAAGCUGCUGGUGCGGAUGCUGACAUGUCACUGGGCGCUGCUGACAAGGUGGGCGAGACGGAUUUGAGCAGGGGGGCUGCGAGGGCGAGUGGCAAGAGGAAGAAACGGAAGCAGGUGAUGCCGGUGGCAGACGCAUCCUGGGCCGUCACCAGCCAGGCCUCUGCUGCCCUCACCACCACGCAAGGUGCUGCUGGUGCCGCCAGUGCAAGUGCAGUGAGUGGGGAAGGAGCGCGUGGUGCUGCGGGCAAGCACUCCAAGAGGAGGAGGAUGAAGAAAGUGCUGUGAGGCAAACUGGGGGAUGCAGGGUGUUAGAGCUAGGAAGACUACCAGGUACCGUAUUCGCCUGGAUAGAAGGGUCUUGUCCAAUACCCCCUAAGAAUUUGGAGGUUUCUCUUAUAAACGGAAGGAAUAAGGGGUCAUAAUUCUUAUAAACGAACUCUCUUAAGUAUAACGAAAAAAUGCAUGUUUAGUGU